ACCCCUUUUACAAAUGCCGGAUUCUUCAACAAGAUGUGUUUUUUAUGGAUCAACCCACUAAUCAAAACAGGAAAAAACAAAACCCUGGAAGAAAAAGACAUCCCAAACUUAAGAAAUUCAGAAACCGCAGAUCAAUGUUAUUCAACCUUCAUGAAGAUUCUCAGCAAACACAACAUAAUCUCCAAAUCCAACAUUCUCUUAUCAAUAUACAAAUGGCAAAGAAAAGACAUCACAGUCUCUGCUCUCUUCGCAUUCAUUAAGGUUAUAACAAUCAUCGCCGGUCCUCUUCUUCUCAACGCCUUCAUUAAAGUCGCCGAAGGCGGCGGCGGCAACGAUAAAUCUUUCGUAAACGAACCCUAUGUUCUCGCCGCCGCCCUCUUCGUCGCCAAAAUGUUCGAAUCUUUGUCGGAAAGACAAUGGGUUUUCAAAACUAAACUCAUUGGUCUUAGAAUUAGAUCAUGUCUAUCCGCCGCCAUUUAUAGUAAACAACUCCGACUAUCAAACGCCGCUAAAUCGCCAAUAACAAACUACGUUAUGAUCGACGUUUACAAGAUCGCCGAUUUCCCAUAUUGGUUUCAUCAGAUUUGGACAACUCCACUCAUGAUUCUUCUUUCCCUUCUCAUAAUAUAUUCAUCUGUUAAAUUAGCAACGGUGCCCGCGUUCUUGAUCAUCGUGUUAUUCGUGUUUGGAAACUACCCGAUCGCGAAAAUUCAACAUAAACGCGUUUCAAAUCUCGCGACGGCACAAGACUCUCGGCUUAAGGCGGUUAUCGAGGGAUUAACGAAUGUUAAAGUUUUGAAACUUUAUGGAUGGGAAAAUCAUUUUAAGAAGACGAUUGAGCGUUUGAGGUUGGUUGAAUCUAAUUGGUUGUCGGCGUUUCAACAUCAACGAGGAUAUCAUCUUGUUUUGUUCUGGUCUUGUCCUGUCGUCGCUUCUGCCGUCGCUUUUUGGACAUGUUAUCUUUUGAAGAUUCCGAUCAAUGCUAGUAAAGUUUUCACUUUUCUUGCAACUUUGAGGAUUUUACAAGAACCCAUUAGAUUAGUUCCAGAAGUUGCUUCAGCUUUCAUUGAAGCAAACAUCGCGUUAACUCGAAUUUCCGAAUUUCUCCAAUCGCCCGAGUUGCAAAACCAACGCAUCGAAAUGAAUCAAAGUGAAGAGAUUGACGAUGCCAUUGUUGUAAACGCAGAUGGAAUUUCAUGGGAUGUUAAUUCUUCAAAGAAUACUUUAUCCGAUGUUAAUUUAACGGUCAAAUUUGGUGAAAAGGUGGCGGUUUGUGGAGAGGUCGGGUCUGGAAAGUCGACUCUUUUAGCGGCUAUUCUCGGUGAGGUCGAAUUGGUUUGUGGGUCGGUGAGUGUUAAUGGAAAUAUCGCGUUUGUUUCUCAAAUGGCGUGGAUUCAAACGGGUACCAUUCGAGAAAACAUUCUUUUUGGGUCGGAAAUGGUUCAAUCUAGAUACGAGGAAGUGUUGGAGAAAUCUUGUUUGGUUAAAGAUCUCGAUAUGCUUCCGAAUCGUGAUCUAACCGUAAUAGGAGAACGCGGUGUUAAUCUUAGUGGCGGUCAAAAGCAACGCGUUCAACUUGCCCGAGCGUUGUAUGAAAACGCCGACGUUUAUUUACUCGACGAUCCAUUUAGUGCCGUCGAUGCUCAUACUGCCGCUAGCUUAUUCAAUGAAUACGUUAUGCAAGCAUUAUCGAGGAAGACGGUUUUACUCGUGACAAGCCGAGUUGAUUUCCUUCCGGCUUUCGAUUCAAUUUUGUUAAUAUCCAAUGGAAGAAUAGCUCAACAAGGAAGUUAUGACCAACUAAUAACUUCAAACCAACAAUUCCAAAACCUAGUAAAUGCUCAUCACAAAGACAAUGUUGGCUCCAAACAAGGUGCAAAAUCGAGAUCAUUCAACGACAUGAUCGAGGAAAGGCGAUCCAAAGAUGAAGAUUCCUCUCAAGGAGAUCCAUUGAUUAGACGAGAAGAAAGGGAAUCGGGAGACAACGGUUUUAAGCCAUAUUUACAAUACUUCAACCAAAAGAAGGGAUUCUUUUACCUUUCAUUGGUUAUUAGUGCCCAUUCAAUUUACAUUGCGGGACAAUUGGCGCAAAAUAUAAUGUUGGCUAUCUAUUUGAGGGAUCCCGGUUCGAGCAUUCGUGAACUCAACAUUGUAUACACUUUGAUUGGAUUGGGAAUGUCGAUUUUCCUUCUCGUUAGGUCAUAUGGUUUAGUUAUCUUGGGCCUCAAAGCAUCAAACUCCAUUUUCUCGAAGCUUAUGACAUCUCUUUUCGGUGCUCCCAUGUCGUUUUUCGACUCAACUCCACUUGGAAGAAUACUUAGUCGGGUAGCAUCGGAUAUGAAUAUUGUGGACUUGGAAUUGGGAUUCAAAUUCGGCAUACUUACGGGGACGGCGUUAAACAUUCUUUUCACCUUCGGAGUUCUCUUUUUCCUAAGUUGGCCGGUCUUAUUCAUCGUCAUUCCUAUAGUUUAUGUCACCAUAUUGUUGCAGAGAUUCUACUUUGCUUCGUCGAAAGAAUUGAUGCGAAUCGAGGGAACAACAAAGUCAUCCGUCGCAUGCCAUCUCAACGAAUCAAUUUCCGGAGCCAUAACCAUUCGUGCUUUCGGAGAAGAGGAGAGAUUCUUUUCAAAUUACCUAAGUCUUAUCGACGCAAACGCGAGCCCAUCUUUCCACAAUUUCUCAUCCAACGAAUGGCUAAUCCAACGACUCGAAAUCCUUUGUGCCGCAGUUCUCUCAAGCUCGGCUCUCGCCUUAACAUUGCUAAACCUAAAUAAGCCUUCAAACUCGGGAUUCAUAGGAAUGACACUCGUUUACGGUCUUUCACUAAACAUUUACGUGGUUCUCUAUGUUCAAAGCCAAUGCAUGGUAUCCAACGCAAUAGUUGCGGUUGAAAGGCUCGAGCAAUACACUCACAUUCAACCCGAAGGAAGAAGCGAUCUCCAACCGACGACGACAAAACCACCCGAGAAUUGGCCAUCAAAUGGUAGAAUUGAGAUCUUCGAUUUGAAAAUCCGUUAUCAUAUGAACUCACCUCUCGUUCUUCGCGGAAUCAAUUGUUUAAUCGAAGGAGGGAGUAAAGUUGGAAUAGUGGGAAGAACCGGAAGUGGGAAAACAACUUUGAUAAGCGCAUUGUUUCGGCUUGUAGAACCUACCGAAGGGAGGAUUGUCGUCGAUAAUAUCGACAUAUCUUCGAUUGGACUUCAUGAUCUUCGUUCUCACAUGGGAAUUAUCCCGCAAGAACCUACUUUGUUUAGUGGUUCUGUGAGAUUCAAUCUUGACCCUUUAUCAGAACAUACUGAUCAUGAGAUUUGGGAGGUUCUUGAGAAGUGUCAAUUGAAAGAUGCAGUUCAAGAAAAAGAAAACGGCUUGGAUUGCUUAGUUAUAGAAGAUGGAUCAAAUUGGAGCAUGGGACAAAGGCAAUUAUUUUGUAUGGGGAGAGCAUUGUUAAAGAGAAGAAAGAUAUUAGUUCUUGACGAAGCAACUGCGUCAAUAGAUAACGCUACCGAUUUAAUCAUACAAAGAAACGUGAGCAGAGAAUUUGCAGAUUGUACUGUAUUAACCGUGGCUCAUAAAAUCCCUACGGUUAUCGACUACUGCAACAUGGUCAUUGUCAUUGACGAUGGUGAAAUGGUGGAAUAUGAUGAGCCGAAGAAUCUCAUGAACAAAGAUAGCUCAUAUUUUGCGAAGCUUGUUAAGGAAUAUUACUCUCACAAUAUUAUUUGA